GGAGAAGGGAGAAGGACGAAAAGUGUGACCAAAAAAACAAAAAAAAUGGGGAAAGACGGAGGAGACAAGAAACGAGAAACAAUGGCGGUGAUGAGCUUAAUGAAGGAUCAACAGAAUCCAAUUCAACAGUUCCAAGUCAAAUUCAAGGAGAUUGAGACUGGUGUCAAGUCAUGGUUGUCAAAACAGAAGUUACCUGUGGAAGCUGCCGUGGUCACCGCCAUGGGUGGUGUUCAGGGAGCUUUUAUCGGUGGUCUUAUGGGUACUCUAUCUCCUGAAAUGCCUCAGGCUGGUGGUGUUGACCCUCAAGCUAUGGCUUCGUUAAAGCAAACCCAGGCUCUUGUUGGUGGACCUUUGGUUCAAGCUCGGAACUUUGCUGCUAUAACUGGUGUUAAUGCUGGUAUAGCUUGUGUUAUGAAACGGAUUCGGGGCAAGGAGGAUUUGGAAUCUGCUGUGGCCGCAGCAUUUGGAUCUGGAGUUGCAUAUUCUCUGGUGAGCUCAGGAUUACAAGGACAGCCUAUGAAUGCUAUCACCACUGCCGCUGGUUUCGCUCUUUUUCAAGGAGUAUUUUUCAAGUUGGGUGAAAGGUUCAGUAAACCAAGUGUUGAAGAUCCAUAUUACAAUCAGGGCAGAUCUAUGUUGUUGAAACUGGGUCUAGAGAAGUAUGAGAAGAACUUCAAGAAGGGUUUAUUAGCAGACCCAACUUUGCCAUUGCUCACUGAUAGUGCGCUAAAAGACGCAAGCAUCCCGCCUGGACCAAGGCUACUGAUACUUGAUCACAUCCAAAGGGACCCUGAGCUGAAGGGCAAACGGGGUCGUGGUUGAGACUUGAGAGCCUCUGUGUGUCUUCGGCUGUGUCUUUGUCUUUGUAAGAUGAUAUUAUAAGGAUCUCAAGCACUAUUAUUAUUCUUUAUUAUUAUUAUUAUUAUUAUUAUUAUUAUUAUUAUUAUUAUUAUUAUU